AUGUCUAGUGCGAUUGCACGAUUCUGGUGGAGUGCCAAGCAAAACAAUCGUGGUCUACACUGGAUAGCAUGGGAUAAAAUCUGCGUACCAAAAACUGAAGGUGGUUUGGGAUUUCGCGACUUGAAAAGUUUCGACCUCACCCUGCUAGCUAAACAAAUGUGGAGACUUGUGCAACAUCCUUCGUCUCUACUAGCUAAAGUUCUGAAAGGGAGAUACUUUCGUAAUUCAAAUCCGAUUGAUGUCGAGAAAGCUAGUAAUCACUCGUAUGUAUGGCGCAGCUUAAUGGCGGCGAAACCCCUCCUGAAAUCUGGUCUGCGGAAGUCUAUAGGCUCUGGGUACAAUACUAGAGUGUGA